AUGGCCCAAAUCAAGAGCCACAAGGAAAAGAAAACCAGGAAGUCCAAGGUGAAAGCAACUUUGUUUGUUGCUGUUUCAACAACUAUUUUCACGAGAAUUAUGUCUCUCACAUCACCAAAAGAAAUUUGGGAUUAUUUGAAGAACGAAUAUGUUGGAGAUGAGAGAAUACGAGGGAUGAAAGUAUUAAAUUUGAUAAGAGAGUUUGAGUUACAGAAAAAGAGUCCGAGACUGUCAAAGAGUACACGAACAGAUUGCUUGGCAUUGUUAACAAGUGCCCGAAAGAUAUCAAAUAUGUAUAACUACCUUGGAAAACACACAAGAUCUGUCCAAGAUUACCUUGGCAGAGUUGUUAAAUUCUUUCCAGGCAUAGGAGCAAAAGAGGCUUAUGAGCACUGUGGAAAAACAGGACAUCCACCAUUCAAAUGUUGGAAGAGGCCAGACGCAAAGUGUAACAAGUGUAAUGAACUUGGUCAUGAAACAGUGAUUUGCAAAAACGAAUCUCAGAAUCAUGAUGCAGAUGCACGUGUCGCCGAUGAAGAAGAAGACCAUCUUUUUGUUUCAACGUGUAUAUCAAGUAAGGUUUCAACAAAUUCUUGGUUGAUUGAUAGCGGUUGCACUAACCAUAUGACUUAUGACAAGAGUUUGUUCAAAGAGUUAAAAUCCACUGAAAUAUCUAAAGUUAGGAUCGGAAAUGGUGACCAGAUUCUUGUUGAAGGGAAAGGAACUGUUGUCAUUAAAACAAGUUCCGGUAAUAAGACAAUUUUAGAUGUUCUUUAUGUACAAAAUAUUGAUCAAAACUUGUUGAGUAUUUGUCAGUUGAUAGAAAAAGGAUUCAAAGUAUCCUUUGACGAUAAGCAUUGUUUCAUCAAUGAUGUUGCUAGAAAAUAA